AUGGGAAAAUUGAGCAACAUCCCACAGCCUCCGGGCGUCCCCCUUUUGGGGAAUCUCUUCGAUAUUGAUAUGGAACUGCCCCUUCAGUCGCUGUACGAUCUAGCAGACAAACAUGGCGAAAUCUACCGGAUGCGUUUUCCAGGGCAUACAUUUAUCAUCGCCUGUAGCUAUGACAUGGUGAAUGAGUUCUGCGACGAAAAGCGCUUCCCAAAGACCAUCUUCGCCCUCAAGGAGAUGAGACAUGCGAUGCACGACGGACUGUUCACGGCCAUUGAUGGCGAGACAGAGCCCGCCUGGGCCAUUGCGCACCGGAUCCUCGUCCCUGCAUUUGGACCCUCAUCCCUUCGACUCAUGUUUGACGGAAUGUACGACAUUGCAAGCCAGCUGGCCUUGAAAUGGGCACGAUACGGACGAGAACCCAUCACGGUGACCGACGACUUCACGCGCCUGACUCUGGACACGAUCGCGCUGUGUUCAAUGGACUUUCGAUUCAACAGCUACUACAAGGACGGCGUCCACCCGUUUGUUGAAGCAAUGGGUGAUUUUCUCACCGAGAGCGGCGAUAGAGCGCGACGAUUGCCCAUUCCUUCGUUCUUCUAUCGUGGUAAGGACAAGAAGUUCUUUGGGGAUAUCGAGGUGAUGAGGCAGACAGCGAACGAGAUCCUGCAAGAGCGCAAGACGGAGAAGAAUCUCGACUCGCGCAAGGACUUGCUUUCUGCCAUGCUGAAUGGCGUUGAUCCAAAGACUGGCCUCAAGAUGACCGAAGAGAGUAUCCUCGAUAACCUGAUUACGUUCCUUAUUGCUGGCCACGAGACGACGUCGGGGAUGCUUUCGUUCGCUAUGUACCAUCUCAUGAAGCACCCAGACACAUAUCGCAAGGCACAGCAGGAAGUGGAUGAAGUCUGUGGCAAGACGCCGAUUAGAUUCGAGCACCUGUCCAAACUCUCGUAUAUCUCAGCUGUCCUUAGAGAGACACUGCGACUCACGCCUCCGCUUCCUGUGUUCAACGUUGCACCCAAGCAGGACGAAGUAGUAGGAGGUCAAUACGUGGUGAAAGCAGGCGAGCUGAUCAUCGUGCUGGUAGGGUCGUCCCAUCUGGACCCGAAGGUAUACGGGGCAGACGUCAAGGAAUUCAAGCCAGAACGCAUGCUGGACGCCAACUUCGACCGCCUCAAUAAGGAAUUCCCCAAUUCCUGGAAACCGUUUGGAAAUGGUACGCGUGGCUGCAUUGGCCGGCCGUUUGCCUGGCAGGAAGCAUUGCUUGUUAUUGCGAUGCUCCUGCAGAACUUUGACUUCGAGUUUGACGACCCAGACUACACGCUCAGUCUGAAACAGACGUUGACCGUGAAGCCGGCUAAUUUCAAGGUCAGGGCAAUUCCCCGUGAUGGCCUGAGAGCAACAGAACUAGGGCAUAGACUGGCUGGAACGGCUGCACCGGCGAACUCGCGUCCAAUUGCAGCCAGAAAUGGCACUGGUACAUCGCCAAAUGGCGCGAAGGGAAAGCCAUUGAGCAUAUACUAUGGCUCCAAUAGUGGAACCUGCCAGUCCAUGGCCGAGCGUCUGGCGGCUGAUGCUUUUGCACACGGUUUCUCUGCCAGCGUGGUGGACGCCGUUGACAACGCCACUGAGAAGCUCCCAAAAGACCAACCGGUAGUCAUUAUCACGGCCUCAUAUGAGGGUCAGCCACCGGACAAUGCCGGUCAAUUUGUGCACUGGCUCGAAGGCCUCGAGGUUAGCGACGCCCUCCAGGGUGUGUCGUAUGCUGUCUUUGGUUGUGGCCACCACGACUGGGCCGCCACAUUCCACCGUAUCCCUAGACUGGUGGAUUCAUCCAUAGCUCAACAUGGAGGCUCUCGCGUUGCUGCUUUAGGUCUGACCGAUGUCGCAGGAGGAAACGAGAUGACGGACUUUGAGGCCUGGGAAGAUGGGGUCUUCUGGCCGGCGAUGAAGAAGAAAUAUGGCGCUGCAGCCCCUCAAGGCCCUUCGCUGAGCGUCACAGUGAGCAACCCUCGCAAAUCGAUCCUCCAUCAAGAUGGUAAAGAGGCUAGAGUGGUAGCCACGUCCAUAUUGACUGCCGAGGAUGCCGAUGUUAAGAAACAACACAUUGAGAUCGAGCUGCCCUCGGGCAUGGCGUACAGGGCAGGCGACUAUCUUGCAGUGCUGCCAGUCAACCCCCCUGAACAAGUCCACCGAGCGCUACGACAUUUCCAUCUCCCAUGGGAUGCACACCUUACAAUCUCAGCCAAGGCAGUAACCUUCCUUCCGGACAGCGGCCCAGUCCCUGCUGUGGAUGUAUUCGGAUCCUAUGUGGAAUUGGCCCAGCCUGCCACUAAACGCAACAUACUGAGUCUUAUCGAUGCAGCUAAUGAGCCCGUUACAAAGGCCAAGCUGGACACGCUUCUUGCCGAUGGAUACUACGCCUCGGAGGUCCUUGCCAACCGUAUCUCGGUCCUGGAUCUGCUCGAGAGUAACCCCGACAUUGACCUUGCCAUAUCAGACUUCCUCCGCAUGCUGCCCCCUAUGCGUGUUAGGCAGUACAGCAUCGGCUCAUCCCCUGUCUGGAGCCCGCGUCGUGUCGUCUUGACGUACUCGGUCUUUUCUGGAGGUCAGGGAAAACGUCGUGCUGGAGUGGCAACUAGCUACCUAUCUACUCUCCAAGCAGGAGAUGUUGUACAUGCUGCUGUUCGGCCGUCUCAUGCUGCCUUUCAUCUCCCUGCUGAUGUUGAAAACACUCCGGUCAUCAUGAUUGCGGCUGGCACUGGUAUUGCUCCUUUUAGAGGGUUUAUUCAAGAACGAGCGGGGAUGCGUGCUGCAGGACGGGUGACUGCACCCGCAGUACUCUACUUUGGAUGUCGUGAGCCAGGAAAAGAUGAUUUAUACAGGGGUGAAUUGGAUCAGUGGGAGGCCAGUGAAGUGGUCUCCGUUCGACGGGCAUAUAGCCGGCAGGCGGAGGCCAGUGAAGGAUGCCGGCAUGUGCAUGACAGACUGUGGAAGGACAGGGAUAGCUUCCUAGAAUUAUGGGAGAAAGGGGCUCGUGUUUAUAUCUGCGGCAGUAGAGCAGUCGGUGACUCUGCGAAGUCGAUGCUUGUUGAUAUCCUCCUGGACGCGAAGAAGACGCAGGGCGAAGAGACAACGAGAGAGACGAUCAGCACUUGGUUUGAGGGUUUGAAGAACACUCGAUAUGUUGUGGAUGUGUUUGAUUAA